AGGCGGAGAGGCCCGGCGCGGCAGGAGGCGGGUUUCCCCGGCGCGGCAGCGCCGCGCACCUGGGUGCAGCACCGAGCACCGAGCCGGAGUACGGAGAGCCGGCAGCCCGGAGCAUGGCGCGGGAGCUGAGCCAGGAGGCCGUGCUGGACUUCCUCUGGGGGGCCGGGGGCCGAGCCCCCAACACGGCGCUGCUCCGCCACUUCCAGCGCUUCCUCCGCGACCCGGCGCUAUCGGAGCAGCAGCGGCGGGAGCGCCGCGAAUACUUCAAGAGCCUCGUUAAUUCCUUGGCCACCGUCCACCCCCCCGCCGCCCCCGGCGCCUCCAAGGACAUCGUCCUCCGCCGCAGGUACCGCGACCUCCUCGACGAGGAGCUGCCGCCGACGGAGGAACAGCAGGAGAAAGAGGAGAAGCCGCCGCCGCCCCGACGCGACCCCAACCGGCGGCUCUGUCCCCCGGGACAGGCGGCGGAGCAGGGGCGGCCCGGCGGGGGGCAGCCCCCGGGGGUCACCGUCGCGGGGGGCUGCGCCGCCCGGGGGGGACCCUGCUGCGAGUGCCGCCGUGCGCGCCGCGCUGCCGCCCCCCGCCCACCGGGCCCCGGGGCGCCGCCCCCCGCCGGGCCGCCCUGCUCCCUGCCGCCCCCCGCCCGGCCGCCGCCGCCCCCGUAUCGGACCCAGCCGCUGUCCUCGGGCCCUUGGGCGCUGCCCCGCGAAGGGCCACCCCGCUACCGGCCCCCGGCGCUGCCGUCGGGUUCUGGGGCGCUGACCCCCGUCGGGCCGCCGCUGCCUCCCGCCGGGCUGACCCCACACCAGACCCUGCAGCUGCCCUCUGCCAGACCCUCCCGGUCCCCGCCGCCGGGGCCCGGGGCGCUGCCUCCCACUGCAUCAGCUCCGUUCGGGUCCCCGCCAUCCCAACGCCCCAGAGUGCUGCCCCCAACCCAGUCCCUGCCACUGCCAUCGGGCCCCGGGGUGCUGUCCUCUGACAGGUUGCCUCAGCCCUGCUCUCCACCGGAGCCCCCCAGCGGGAUGCCUCUGCUGAAGGCUCCACCACCGUCAGCAGGCCCAGGGGGGAGGCCACCCAUGGGGCCACCCCAGUCCCCACUGCUGUCAUCGGGCCCCAGGGUGCUGUCCCGCACCGAGCUGCCCCUAACCCAGUCCUCACCGCCACCCCCAUCCUGGUCCCUGCCAUUGCUGCUUGCCCCAGGGGUGCUGCCUCUAUCCCGGUCCCUGCAGGAACUCCCCACCAACCUCUCCCCAUCCCCACAACUUUCAUCAGGCCCAGAUGUGCUGCCCUCCACCAGGCUGCCCCCAUCACAGUCCAGAUCCCUGCAGCAAAUCCCCACUGGGCCAUCCCCGCCAAGGAGAUCCAGGGUGCUGACCCCAAAUGGACCGAACCAAUAUCAAGCCCAGCUGCUGCCCCUGUACCAAACCCUGCCACUGCCCUCAGGUCCUGGGGUGCUGUCCUCCACCACGCCACCCCCAACCCAAUCCUCACCGCCAUCCCCCACCCAGUCAUCCCCAUUGGGGUCCCUGCAGCCACCCCCUGCCAGACCAUCCCAGUCCUUGCUGCCAGCACAGGGUGUCACAAGGUCCCAGGCCCCGGAGAGCAGCCCCCCAGCACCGCUGCCUGUCUUCAGGAGCAUCAGAUGCCAGCUUGCCUUGUUGGAGGUGAAGGGCAUUGCCCCAUCGCUACCAGAUGACUGUGGGCUGCAACGCCACACCAUGCCCCACAAAAGCUCCUCUAGGAAUGUCCCAAGCCAGGGGCUGUCGGUGCCACUGGGGCAGCGGGAACACGCCUGGCUAGUGGCGGUGUCAGCGGGGUGCUGGGCUCGGGUGCGGGGGCUCUUCCUGGAAGAGCCGAAGCUGGCCCUGCAGCGGGACUUCAUGUCAGGCUUCACGGUCCUUCACUGGCUGGCCAAGCAUGGUGAUGGGCCAGGCCUGCAGGAACUGGCAGCAGCGGCGCAGCAGGCUGGGCUGGCCCUGGACGUGAACGUCCGCUCGGGAUGCGGGUACACUCCACUGCACCUGGCUGCCAUACACGGCCACCAGUUUGUCAUCAAGGUGCUGGUGCUGCAGCUGGGGUGCCAGGUACAGGUGCGGGACGGCAGCGGGCGCCAGCCCUGGGAGUAUCUGGGCAGCUCCACCUCAGGGGAGAUCUGGCAGCUCCUGGAGGCACCCCGAGGCACGAUUAUGUUCCCCACGCAGCCCCUGGCUCGUAGUGUGUCAUCUGUCAGCAAGGUCUCGCUGUCCGCUGGUAGAGCAGCACUGCCUGCCUGCCUCAGGCCGCAGCACAGCCACAGGGCAGCAUCCCACCGAACCAGCAGUGAGAGUGACUGAGAGCGAGCUCCCUGGCAUCCUCUGCUAGUGGAGAUGGGACCUUGGGGGCCAUCCCGCAAGAGGAAGCCAGGCAGGCAGAUUGUGUGAAACAGAUUGAACCUAUUGAAGAAUGUACUUUUAAAUUAAUCCAAUGAACCGUUGUCUGAGCCUGUCUGCCCUCCCUCCCAUUUCUCACUUUUCUACCAGUGAGAUGACAGAACAACCCU